AUGGCCGACUCGGACCCCCCAUUGAGCAUUUCCGCGCCGUUGUGUGACGACCCUGCUGCGCCGCCUCCUACCACUCCUCCUUCUCCUAUUUCUGCUUCUAGUACUUCUUUUCUUUCUAGAGUCGCCAGCAGGCGGCGGUUCGCGCGGCGGGUGCUGCAGAUGGAGCGGGAUGAGGGCCACGAGUGCCACCCGACGAGAGAGGAGCUGCGGGUGGGAUACCACUGCAUGGUCGAGCACGACCAGUGGCUGCAUGUGCACGGAAACUGCUGGCAUGCUGAUAUGCCGUCUGUCCAGCAGGUGACUGAGCUUCUGCAGCAGUUCCCGAAUCUUGCGUCUGUGCGCGUGCCACUGCGUGGUGACGUGGAUUUGGGCCCGGGUGACGUCAGGACGGUGCUGGACGCGGUGGCGGGGCUGGGGGCGCUGAGGAGCUGCCACGUGCAGGCUGACGUGGCGGGAUGGAUGGAGCGGGAAGAGCGAUGUGGGCGGCGGGAUGAGGAGACGGAGGAGGAAGAGGAGAAAGAGAAAGAGAUAGCACGAGAGUGGGAGAGGCGGUGGGCUGAAGAGGAUGGUAUAGUUGUAAAGGUUGCAGCUAGAGAGCUGGUGGCAAGGCGUGGGAGAGAGAUCAGGCGAGAGAGGAAGGAGGCGAGGAGAGAACAGGAGCGGCAGCAGCGGCGGACGGAAAUGAGCCGCGCUAUUAAAGCAGGGCUCUUAGGUGUGGUCUCCAGCGGUAACUAUGGUAACAGCGGUGACAGUGGUAACCGCAACUGCCUGCCAGCUGUCCUCCUGUCUGGGUCACCCUUCAGUGCACUCAAAUCUCUGAAAGAGCUGCAAUUGAGGCUCAGGGUGGCUGGGAGGGGGGCUCGCCUGUCUCCUGAUCUGUUUCUCGGGCUCGAGUCUCGGCUGCAGAAGCUGAUUCUGCUGCACACUCCCUACAGCAGUGGCGAUAGCGACGGCAGUGGCAAUGGUGGCAAUGGGGAGCGUGGGGAUGGUGACUAUAGCGAGGUGGUUAUGGUGAUGCACGGGUCCGCCUGGCGUCUGUCGCAGCUGCAGGGGCUGGAGACGUCGUUAAGAGUGCCGUUUGACGACGACCAAGAGGAGUUCGAGGAGGGGCGUGGCGUGUGGAGCCAUUAUCUAGGACUCACAGAGGAGGUCCCGGAGGAGGAGGGAGAGGAGCAGCAAGGACUUGCACAUGCCCCAGCCGCAACAGCAGUCGGAGUAACAGCAGCAGGAGUAGGAGCAGCAACAGCAGCAGGUGGGCCAAUUCGAGGGCUGGCCUCGUUGCCGCUCCUCUCCUCGCUCACCCUCCGCUCCUCCCUCGGCCUUCCCCCAUCCAUCCGCCACCUCCGCCACCUCACCCGCUUCCUCGCCCCCAAAGCCCUCCCAGACACCUCAGACGCCCUCCCCCUCCUCCCCAACCUGCAAGUCCUCUCCAUGACGGCGGACGGAAUAACCGCAGGCGCGCCUCUACCCGUGUCUCUGCGCCGGCUACAGCUGCGCUACAACCAGUGCAGCCUGCUGCACGCUGCAGGGCGGGCAGCCGAGUCAGUGGAGCACCUGGAAGUGACAGCAGUGGGGGCAGGGGGGCAGGACUCGUGCGUGUACGGCGACUUGGUCCCCACGCUUUCCCCACACCGCUGGGACCCAGCGUGGAGGGGCGAGGGAGACCGGUUCUUGUUCCCGAACCUCCGAGAGAUGAUUGUGACCAAGUGCUGGGGGGGUGCUAUGGAGGUAGACAUGGGUCCCCUGCCAAGCCUCACACACCUGUCGGUGUUUUGGUCCGUGCGACUGCAUGGGAUCGACCAGGGAUGGUACUCUAACCUCCGCUACUUGCACUUGUAUCAGCCGCUUCCCGAUUGCCACUGGGAAGGGAAGCCCGGGGGGGAGCUAGGCUCGAGUAAUCUCUUCUCCCACCUGCCGAGCCUCCACUCGCUAGUGGUCGACAAUUGUUGCCAGCUGGGCGGCAGGGAGAUGCUCGCGUCCCUGUCAGCGCUGACUCAGCUGCACACGCUCGGCCUGUCCGUGAUCCGGAAUGACAUGUGGACAUUAACUUGUCGCACCGAGGUGCCUUGGUGGGCCUGGGACCACGGCCUUGAGGCCUAUUACCAGAACAACACUCAAGUGAUCCACUUAAAGCCAGAGAUUGCCUGCCCGGCGUCCCUCCGAGUGCUGCAAAUCGCCAAGUGCGACCUGCCCUUCCUCCCUGACUCCCUCGCCUCUGCCACCGCUUUGACUGAGUUGACUCUGCACCACUGGACUAACCUCCAAACGCUGCCGUCCUUCUUUUCCUCCUUCACUGAACUGAGGAGGAUUCGGGUGACUGGGUGUGGGGAAACGAAGCCGAGUGCGCCCCCCGGCUUGCUUCCCCAGUUGAAGGAUAGGAACUGGUUCCAUUCCGUGGACUGUGAUGGCUGUAGGGAGCUGCACAAGCGUGAGCCGUGCGGUGAAUGA